AUGGACAGUCUAUUCCAGCCCAUCAAGACCACCCACAAGGGGCAGAACAAUAUCGAUAAGUUCGAGACCUUGUCGCUGAAGGAUCCCGUGCCCCCAUCGCCCCGGGCCAAUACUAAACCUAAGAUAUCUGUUCUCGACGUCAGUGACGACGCAAGCGACACCUCUAGUCUCCGAUCAUCGGUUGACACGUCCAAGAGUCCAACGUCUGCAGAGGUGCGGCAGACAAAUCACAAGCGUCACAACUCCACUGCUUUCCUUCAAAAGACUUAUUUGGACAAAGCGCCAUCUGCGUCGCUACCUGACGAUGCACUUGAGAUUCUGAGGAAUCAGCCAAACAGUGAGGACUUGGCGGCUGUCCUACAGUAUCUCCAAUACGGUAUUGAAGGGAGACACGACUUCAACAUUCAUGUCCCGAGCCCGAAGGCCUCUCAAAUCAUCAAUGUACUCGUCACGGUCACCGUUCCAGACCAAUGGCUUCAUUUGCAACCAGCUAAGCUCUCGAGCGCAGACGCGCAGCUCAAGGCAAUUCUGGUCUCAUCUCUUACUAGUGUCCCCGGAAUUGGUGCACUCCUCAUGCAAAUCCGACGGCUUUCAUCUAUCGGCGCCGGCCAAAACAAGUCGCUGCUCGAAGACACAAGCUUCGUUCUAUCGUCAGUCCUUGCUGGCAAUAUGAUCAUAUCGAAAUUUCUGUCCCAUGCUAGUAAGACUGUUUCCACAGACACACAGCGCCGUGUCUUCUGGCAAGAAGCUACUGCUCUGCUAGCAGGUAGCAAGAUUUUCACAACCAUGGCACAAGUCUUUGCCACACAUUGGGAUUUGAAUGGGUUUGGAGAGAACGGGAAAUGGCUUGGAGACGGAAGUGAGUACUCGAGAUGGCUUGCUCGUAACAUCUCAAAUGCAGCAACAAGCCUCACCGCACUACCUCACUCCUGUUCUCAACAGAUAAGUCUUCUGUGCCAGGUGCUGAAGCGUGGGCUUAAUCUUGGAUAUCGCGAUACAUUAAUCAGCGAGCUUUAUACUUCACUUCUUCUUGGAAAGAGAGCGCUGUGGACUUCUAUGCAUAUUUUAAUCCAGGGCCUUCCUGUGUACGACCAAAGAGUCGUCUUUGAUACCAUACUACGAGACCUUGCGCGGCAAUUUUUACAAAGUGGAGCAGACAUCGGAGCACCUAAGGAAUUGCUGGUGACAAAUACAUCCACAGUCGGGGGAGUGGCAGCCAUGAUUAAUGGGCUUGUGCAAAACAAUCCCCUACUAGAGGCAUAUAUUAUCCAUUGGCUAACAAGCACGAAUGGGGAAUGUGCUGGGCUCGGUCUGAAUGCUCGUAGGGCUGUCAUUGCAACUCUGGCUACGAGUCAAGACAAGCUCGAGCAAGUCCUUGUGAAAAAUCUGGAGAACUUCGGGAAUAAGUUGCAAAUUCAACAUGAGGCUAUUAUCCAGCAGGAAUCAACCGCUCAAACAAUUCUGCUGGCCUUCGGCUACCUAAACCGUUUGGACCAUGAUUCAGUCAACAAGUUGUCGGGAUCCAGUCCUUUCGUUCGUGGGGUUUCCAAUCGGCUUUCUGCAUCGGUUCCUCGCGCCCGGCUUUUAGGGAUGAUCGUCGCAGUCGCAGUCUCGAGAAUAGUGGAUCAGCCGGACAAGGUCAUGAAUUUCGGCGUCGAAGAGAUGGAAGGAGAGGAGGCGCAGCGAUGGAUGGAUCUAGUUAACAUCCAAGACACAGUUGGGAGUUUGGAACAGCUGCCGAAGAAACCAGCCGAGCCCGUGAAGAAGCGGCCUUUGCAGAAUCCCUCAGCAGCUGCCCGCCGUAAACGAUUAUCAAUAGGAUCGCGCGCUCAAGGCUCCAAGGUCGUGGCGAUCGAAGAACUAUCCGAUUCAGCGGGAGAGGAGGAUUUACGCCCUUAUCCUCUGCCAGAUAGCGACCCCUCCGACUCAGAUGAAGACCCUACGCUGGCCAUCCGCAACAAACCCACUCCUCCCGUCUACAUCAUGGCUCUCAUCCAGCAGCUCAAUGCUACUGACAACCCUUCCGUGGUUGAGCUGGCCCUCAAGACCGCUCCAUCUUUGAUACGCCGAAAAGCCAACUUUGGCGACGAAUUGUCAGCCAAUAUCUUUCAAUUGGCUUCGUCUCUUGUCAAUGUCCAGGAAGGCAUGUCACAGGAACAUAUGCAGCAAUUGCGACUAGAGGCCAUAAUCGCAUGUCUGGUUUCAAAGCCCAAGAUCAUGGGGCCCUGGAUUGUUAGCACCUAUUUCGAAGGGGAUUUCUCCCUAUCGACACGCGCGGCCCUAAUGGCAGCGGUAUCUCUAGGGUGUAGAGAGCUGGCAGGGAUUGACGAUGAUAUCAACAGAUCAUCUGCGACCAUACCCACAACCGAACCAUCCUUUCCCUCAAAUCGACUGCCACCUCGUCUUGAGCCGAUCUAUUCCUCCACAGCCCCUGUCGACACCAUCUCAUCGACCCUUUCCUAUCGCACGCUUCAGCCAAUGGCUCUCCAAGCCGCUGACAAGCUCACCGGGCCGGACGUUCUCAAGAUCCGUACUUUCUCUUCACGGAUGGAAGUUGCCGCCAAAACGGCUGCAAAGCUCGAAGCCCGCUCAAAGCGCAUCCCAAAGGACCUGCACAAGGUUCUUGCAGAAGCACUUUAUCUACCACUUUGUUCGCGACUGACGCUUUUCCUCACCUCGCUGGUCACAUCACCUUACCUAGCAAACUCCACGCUUCUCCACCCCUCCUUGCUAAAACUGAGCCUGCAGACGCUCAUCAUCCUCAUUUCCACCAUAGGUCCGAACGCUUUGCAGCUCUCCGACCUGACCCGCGAAUCUCUUCUAAUGUUGACAACGCUCCAUACUCUUCCUUCGCUAGCACAUGACCCAAUCAUUCUCCCUCCUAUUCUUCACCUGAUCCUCGCCCUGCUGGAUCUGAACAUCGAAGCCGGCAAAAUAUCUGAAGAACGCCUGGUCACAGACUUUGGCCCCAUGAUUGCUGAACUAGUAUCGUGGACUAGCAGCCUCGGAGAUCGCGUUUCGAUCCCUGAAGUCGAUGGGGAUCCAGGUUUGGGAAUGGCAAUGCCAUGGCCUGUUCUUGUUGCAGGGAUACAAGUCAAGUGGCAAGAGGUUGGACGAAAAUUCCAGGGGAGGAUGUUGGGUUUGAUGGCAGGCACGGAUUUCGACUCCUUCUAG